UGUCCGGCAGGUUGGAUCCUCGCACUCAGCAGUCAGGUUGAACGCGCCGAGCCGUCAAGAUGCGUGCCACGCUUUCUCCGUUUUACUGCUGCCUUAUUUUUUUAUUCGCCCAAAACGUGCUCUCAGUAGAAAUUACAAAAAUUAAGCGAGGCGUGGACUGCUUAGAAGAUGGUCGAUUUUAUAGAAAUCCCGAGAGGAAUAUGAACCAGGCGUGGACGAACUUUGAGUGCUCCAAGUACUACCUCUGUCUAGACGGUGAAGUUUUUGAGUUUCGCUGUUCGGAAGGUCUGCUGUUCGACGUGACGCGGCAGAUCUGCGACUUUCGCGCAAAGGUGACCGACUGCGACUUGCACGCGGCCGAACCGCGGCCGCCAAAGCCCCUGUUGGAGGCCGCGGGCUGCGGCGCCGGAAUGCUCGGUUGUGCCGACGCCAACUGCCUGCCGAGGGACCUUUUCUGCGACGGCACCGUCGACUGCAUCGACGGGUCCGACGAAGGGUGGUGCGAUGUGGAGAAUGAUCCGAAUGCGGCUCCUUCAUGCAAUACGGCGGCGUGCCAAUUACCCGAUUGUUACUGCUCUCGAGACGGAACCAUUAUUCCUGGAUUCCUUGAGCCAAAAGAAACGCCUCAGAUGCUGAUCAUCACGUUCGACGACGCCAUCAACCCUGACAACAUGAAUCUAUACACCGAGCUGCUCUUCCCCAAAAACAAAACCAACCCAAACGGCUGCCCUUGGAGGGCCACCUACUUCCUUUCCCAUGAGUACACGCAUUACCAGCAUGUGCAGCAAUUGUGGAAUCAGGGCCACGAAAUCGCCGUACACUCAAUCACGCACAGAAGCCCUGAGAACUGGUGGUCGAGAAACGCAACGAUUGAGGAUUGGUUUGACGAGAUGGUGGGUCAGGCCAAUGUUGUCAACAAAUUCGGCGGAGUCAGGUUGGAGGAGGUCAGGGGUCUAAGGGCACCCUUCCUCAGGUCUGGUGGCAACAGACAAUUUGCCAUGAUGAGGGAAUUUGGUUUUCUGUACGACGCCUCGUUAGUGGCGCCAAUUUCUGACCCGCCGCUUUGGCCCUACACUCUGGACUACCGCAUUCCUCACAGGUGUUCUGGAAACAACCAAAAUUGCCCUUCGAGGUCUUUCCCCGGGGUCUGGGAGAUGGUCAUGAACCAGCUGCAGUACGAGGGCUACACAUGCGGAAUGGUGGACAGUUGUCCGCCCAAUCUGAACGGAGAGGACAUCUACCGAAUGCUGAUUCACAAUUUCUACAGGCACUACAACACCAAUAGGGCACCCCUUGGGCUCUACUUCCACUCGACCUGGUUUAAAAAGGAGGAGUACAUUAAAGCCUUCCAGAGAUUUUUGAAUGAAGUCACCGCCAAUCCCGACGUUUGGGUGGUGACCAACUACCAGGCCAUCCAAUGGAUGAGAAAACCUAGACCGGUUUCACAGCUGCACCAGUUCGCAGAGUGGAAAUGCGAAAAAAGGUUGGACCCUGAAGAAAUGGCAUGCAACAUUCCUAAAAGCUGCAGGCUGCAAUCGAGACCUCACAAGGCAGAGCGCUACCUCUACACAUGUGCCGAGUGCCCGAAACAGUACCCCUGGUUACGAAAUGAGUUUGGCGUCGACUUUUAAUUAUUUAGGCACCACCUCUAUUUAUUUUAAGCAUCACUUUUGCUUAAACUGUCGACUUAUGUGUGAACUGAGAUUUAAUUAUAAACAUGAUUAUUUUUU